AUGCCGUUGAGGUCACAAAUGUCGUUAUUAAAGAAGCCUCGUGUGUUGGUGGUGGGUGCUGGACCUGUGGGGUUAGCAACUGCCUUUAUGCUUGAGAAACUCUACAAAGUUCCCACGCGUUUAGUGGAACGUCAACGCAUCCCCACGUCUCACCCACAGGCACAUUUUAUUAACCUACGCACAAUGGAAAUUCUUAACGCUAUAAUGCCAGAAUUUCACGAUCGUUUGUUGGCAUUAGCAGAACCAAGUAUCUUAUGGCGUGAUUACGUUUAUUGCACUGGAGUAGGCAAAGCUCGAGAAAUUGCACGUAUUGACCAGUUGGGCCCUUCCAUUCCACGCGAUAAUAUUGAGCAGGCAACGGCACAUGGUGAUAGUCUACGCAAGUCACUGGCGGCAUUGUCACCGACGCAGUUCCUUCACUUCCCUCAGAAUCGCUUUGAGACGCUGUUAGAUACGUUUUUGGCGGAAAACGAUGUGCAGAUUGAGCGUGGAGUUGAGCUUGAGAGACUUACAUUGCCAGCGGACAAUUCCGUUACGCAGCAAUCACAAGUUACGCUGCGCCACUUGGAUACUGACACGGUCGAGCAAGCGUCUUACGACUUUGUUGUGGGAGCGGAUGGUGCACACAGCCUUGUGCGCCACUUUUGUGGCAUUAACAUGGCUGGAACAAGCAAUAUGCAAAGUAUUGCAAACGUGCACUUUACAAGCAAGGCGCUGUCGGAUGCUGCGAGCGAGAAUCCGGCUAUGCUGUACUUUGUGUUUAAUAAAAAUGUCGUCGGUGUCUUGAUUGCCCAUGACCUCAACCAAGGUGAGUGGGUUUUUCAGAUUCCGUUCUUUCCGCCGCAGGAGUCAAUUGCCUGGGACUUCUCGAUUGCACAAUGCAAGGAAAUUAUCCGUCAUAUCCUACCUAGAAACGUCGAGGUUGGCGACGAAGACAUCGAUAUUCUAUCGACUGGACAGUGGCGAAUGGGAGCUCGUGUAGCAGAACAGUACGAUGCCGGCAAGCAGCGUGUCUUCCUCGUCGGUGAUGCGGCGCACCAAUUUCCACCGGCAGGUGGAUUCGGUAUGAACACAGGACUGCAGGACGCGCACAAUCUAGCUUGGAAGCUGGCGCUUGCGAUUCAGAUGAAGAAUGAUCCUGCUAAUGGCGUUGACACUCAAGCGAUACUGAGGUCUUAUGGGCGCGAGCGCCAGCCUGUUGCGAAAAUAAAUACGCAGUUCAGUCUGAGGAACGUGGUUCGAACCAUGAAGGUUCCAAAUGCACUAAACAUAUCGUAUGACAACGCCCAGACGCUAGCGAAGGUCAUCAACUCAGAGCCAAUGCAAUUUCUUCCGUUGCGCGCUCAGCGUAAAAUAGCGCAGGGGAUUAUGAGUGUAGGUAAAAUGCCUUUGGGAUUUUUGGAUGAAGCGAAGGAUACAGGUGGACCAGGAAGUGCCUUGGCUAGCCGCAUGCGUGCCAGUGUAGAGGAUAUCGUGGCGCGCCGUAAAACGAUUGGCAUGAUGUUUUACCACUUUGAUAUUGGGUUUUCCUAUGACGCGCCUUGCUGGGCUUCUCGUGCCAAGCAGCUCAUGGAAGACCCAGCACUGGACCGGUCUGCAGAAUUUCGUACUGAAAUCAGCGAUGGCAAUGACAUCAUUUAUUCUCCAGCUUUCCGCGUUGGUGAGAGGUUCCCUCACUUUUGGUGUACUUGCGACGAUGCGAGGGUGUCCACGCAUGACAUGGUGCGACUUGUUACUCUUCAGAACGGGAAGAUUGCUGAAGAUAAGUGCAAUGUGCAGUUUGUUUUGGUCGUUGAUGAGCGUGAUGCUGCACGAGUGAUUGAUUCUUGCUCAUCGUCUUUUUCACAAAUAAUGGCGAGGCACGUCUCUCUCGUCGUACUGCGUUCCAGUGCUGAGGUCGUGGAAGCUCAGAAAUCCUCGGCGUUUGGCUCAGUAUUCUCGUGGCAAGUCGUCGGAGACGAAAGCAACCAGGCAUGGGCGAAAUUUAUGGAUACGAAAGCUGCUGCUCUCGUGCGUCCAGACGGGCAUGUUGGUGCACUGUGGACAAGAAAAGAACUGGAAAGCUUUAGUAGUGAGACGCUUACGCAGUCGAUGCAGCAGGCUAUCCAGCUUAGCUAA